AUGUCGGUCACUACGGCCACAUCGGGAGCUCUCAUCUUUUCGGGAGCCUCUCUUUUGGUGUCUCUGUUCACUGCUGCUUCUAUUUAUUCACAAGUUAACUCCAUAUGGACAGAGUUGGAUAAUGAGAUUGACAGUUUCAAAUUGCUUACUAACGACAUUUGGGGGGAUAUGAUCAAUUUGGGAGCUGGAUCCGCUUCGAACCGUAUCCGUCGUCAAGCCUAUGGAGGUUAUGGAGCUACUGGAACCAGUGCUCCAGAGCCACACUUCCCACAAGGAGAUAAGGGACCACUUCCAGUUCCAGGACUUCCAUUCGGACCAAAUGUUUCUGGUGGUAACAACCGAUGCCAGUGCACUGUUGAGAACACUUGCCCACCUGGACCAGAAGGAGGGGAGGGAGAGCAAGGACCAGAUGGUGAAGAUGGUGUUGACGGAGUACCAGGAUUCGAUGGACAAGAUUGUCCUGAUGUCGAGCAACAACCAUCUCAGGGAUGUUUCACAUGCCCACAAGGACUCCCAGGACCACAAGGACCACAGGGAACACCAGGAAUUCGUGGAAUGCGAGGAGCUCGAGGACAGCCAGGAUAUCCAGGAAGAGAUGGUCAGCCAGGAAUGCCAGGAGAGAUGGGACCAACUGGACCAUCAGGAGAUGACGGAAAGCCAGGAGCUGCUGGAGAGAAGGGAGAUGAUGCUGAGAAACCAGUUGGAAGACAAGGACCACGUGGACAACCAGGAGAGCAAGGACCAGAUGGAGCAGAGGGACCAGCCGGAAGAGAUGCCUAUGCCGGACCACCAGGAGUGGAAGGAGAGGAUGGAGUUCCAGGAUAUCAAGGAUCAGCCGGACCAGAUGGAGAGGAGGGACCGCGUGGACCAGCCGGACUCCCAGGAAAGGAUGCUGAAUACUGUAAGUGCCCAACACGUGACGACGGAGCCAACAACCACGGAGCUUGGCGUCGCAAGCACAAGAGAGUUUACUAG